AACAGAUCCCAUACCUGUACUCAAUGGUAACUAAGCUGCAUGAAGCCAUUUUGGUGGAGAAACACCCCUAUUGGGUUUUUUUUAUGUUUAAAUAAUUUAUUAGCAGACUUUUUACAAGUGACUAUUAUACAGCAAAUGAGGCUCUGCUCUGACCGGCUUUAAUCUAACACAGUAUAAAUAACCUACCCUGGUUACUAUAAACGGCCUUCCUUAUUCUGCCUGGCAACUCUGGCUACACCUCCAGCUAUUUUCUUAUUGGACAAAACAUUUAGCUUUGCCCGGCCAUGGCAAAGUGAAUCUACAGAAAUAGUUUGACAACUGCAUUUGCCUUGAGAAGAGCAUCUGACUAUUUUGUACAGAAGAUAAAGGGAAAAUGUAUUGUAUUGUAUUGCUGCUGUUUAGCCUUCCCUUCUAUACAGUACAUUGUGCCGUUCCCCCUAAAGUAAAGGUUUCCAGCUCAGAGUCAGAGAGUGGUACCAAACUGCACUGCUGGGUGUAUGGGUUCUACCCCCGAGAUGUGGAAGUGAAGUGGAUAAAGAAUGGGAGAGAUGAGAUUUACUCAGAGGAAUCAGCAGAGAUCCUGCCAAACCCUGAUGGCACCUAUCAGAUCAGAGUCAGUGUGGAGGUAACACCAGAGGAGGGCGCCACUUACUCCUGCCAUGUGGAUCACAGCAGUUUGGAGAAGACAAUGGUUGUUCCCUUUGAAACAGAACCCGGCCAUAGAAGUAUUUCCCGCAUCGUGAUGCUUAUUCUGGCAGUUUUCUUCCUGUCUCUUGUGGCCCUGGGAAUAUAUGUAACUAGAAACAGAGAAAGUAAAGAAAGGUUUAACUUGUUGUUCUGCACCUACCCCUGGGUGGUAUGGCCGCCAUUACCCUAGCAACAAGGCAGUGGACUGAUUGGAAGACUGCAAGAUGAACAUUAGAGUCUCUAAAAAGAAAGGGCUGGAGACUGACCAAAGAGUUUGUGCCCCGAGGAGAGAGGCUACGAGUCUUCCAGUAAACACAGGCCUCCCCUGGGCUUUUCCUUCUAGUUUGUGGCCAACUCAGCACACAAAAAUGAUUAUCAAUUAGGAAACGUUGUGUGCUGUGUGUACAAGCAGGGCUGUAUAUUCUACAGUGACCAGGAGCGCAUGGAAUUACCCAUACAGACAUGGAGAGAACAGACACUCUGCCUGCUGAAAUACCCAGGCUGGAAUUGAACUUCAGAAUCCACAUACAAUUUAUACCAUGAUUUUUAAUGGUGGGACAUGGUAAAAUGUAUUCUCUCUGGGUGCUUUUGUCCAUUUCUUUUUCUGCCCAUUCUUGAGUCUCCCACAUACACAUAUUUAUUAUCCUUUCCAA